CGGCUACUUUGGAAGCUCUGGUUUUUACACUCUCGACGCCGCCAAUUCGGUUCCUGCCUGAUUGACUCAUCUUCCCAACUUUAGCUGACCCCUCCGAUCGAAGCGUCAAUCCUUCCUGUGCAUCAGGCAGGAUUAAUCGCGAACCCGCCAUUUCCAGCAGAUACAGAUCGGUUCCUGUCUACCUCGCGAAGCCACCCUCACAUACCAUCUCAUACGAAACCUCGCUCCUCUCCAUCCACCUCUACCGACCGAACUGAGACGAAACACUACCGUGGGAAAGCUGUUAUCCGAGAGGGUGCUUCACGGAGAAACAAAAAAACAAAAACCAUGGAGUCCGAAACGCUGGAGCAGAUGCAGACGCGGCACCGCAAGGAGCAGCGCGACCUCGUGGGGCGGAUCACGAGCAAGAAGAAGAACGCGACGAAGAAGACGCGCAAGGGGGUCAAUGACGAGUGCGCUGAGCUGGAGAGGCAGUUGAAGGCGAAGCAUGAGGAGGAGGUUGCGAGUCUGUCUGGUGGUGCAGCCGAGGAGGUUCAAGAUGAGGACACGGACGAAGACGAAGAUAGAGACGAGACUGCUGGUGUCACGGAGAAGUUGAGGGAUACCACUAUUCCCGCUGAAACGCCAGUAGAAGAGAAGGGUCAGAUACCACAAGGGCAGCAGAGCCAGACACAGGGCCAGGGGAAGAAACGCAACAGACAAAAAGAACGCAUGGCGCGGCGGGCAGCCGAAGUCGAGGCCGCGGCGGAGAAGGCGCAGGAGGAGGCGAGUAGCAUGACGGAUCACCGGGGCAUCGAGAAGACGUAUAUGCUCAAGGAGUUUAAAGCGCACGACCUCGAGGAGAAGGAGAUUGCGCCGGACGGGCAUUGUUUGUUUUCUGCUGUGGCGGAUCAGCUUAGGGAGAAGGGGAUUCCACUCGCUGCUGAUGGUGGUUCUGGUGCUGCUGAAGAAGUGAGUAGCAGUGGUGACCCGACGCAGAAGCUGCCGUACAAGGUUGUGAGGAGGGCGGCGGCGGAGUACAUGACGGCUCACCCGGAUGACUUUGCGCCGUUUUUGGAGGAGGGGUUGGAGGGGUAUGUGAGGCGGAUCCGGGAUACGGCGGAGUGGGGGGGUCAGCUUGAGCUUGCGGCGCUGGCGAGUGUUUAUGGGGUUGAGAUUCGGGUUGUGCAGGAUGGGAGGACGGAGAGGAUUGGGCCCGCGACGGCGGCGGGCGGUGGUGGUGGUGGUGGCGAUGAGGAGAAGAAGGAGAUUUGGUUGGCGUAUUAUCGACAUGGGUAUGGGCUUGGGGAGCAUUAUAAUUCUUUGCGGAAGACGACGGCGUGA